GUGACCUUUGCCCUGCAGACUCAGAUACAGUGGCAGGUGGCCAUUCAGGAUGAAGGUUCGAUCCGCUGCGGAGGGGCGUAUUUGGGCGGAUGCUGGGUUUUGACCGCCGCCCACUGCGUCAGGCCCAAACCGAAGUCCUUCCGGAUCUACUUCUCUCUCUGGAAGAAGCAUCGUAAGCAGUCGACGACGGAUAUCGUACCGGUGAAGAACAUCCUCAUCCGUCAUGAAUAUAACCCACAAAGCUACGCCAACGACAUCGCUUUGGUGCAGCUGGAGGAGAUGGGUGUUUCAGACAAGUGCAUGCAGGACAAUCCCGCGGUCCGAGCCGUCUGCGUUCCCUGGUCCACCCUACAGUUCCAGCCCAACGACACCUGCACCAUCUCCGGCUGGGGCAAAGGUUCGGCUCCCUGUCAAACACAGCCUACAGAGAUCAGGAGGAGUAUAUGCAAGAGUUUGAGGUUUUAUUGUCUCUCUGUGUGUUUGGAUCGUCAGAAGCGACUCUAAAAUGGGCAAAUGUGACGCUUGUUGGUGUAACCCCUC